AACAAAAAGCACAGGUAUUCUCUUCUUCCUUUCUCACUGUAAGAACAAAAACAUGGUCACUCUCACAGACUCCAAAGCGUGAACCUUCUGAAUCAUCUUUCUCUCAACAUUUUUCCUUCCAACUUCAAUGGCUGCAGCGUUGGAGUGCUGGUCGCGCCGCACCACCAGUGACGAGGACGACGCAUUCCUCACCGCGCAUUCCUCGCAACCCCGAGACUCUUCUUCUUCGUCUUCCCCCUCUUCCUCUCUCGUCCACAAGAAGCUCCUCAAACUCACGCGCAACGUCUCCGAGGCUCUCUCCUCCCUCAGAAACUCCCUUACCGCUAUGAAUGAUUCUUCCAAACCCGACGCACCUCGCAACCUUGUGUGGACCACCGUCGUGCGCAAUCUCAGCCACAUAUACCCCGGGACCCAUCUCCCUGAGAAGCUUGUCUGCAACAUUCGCAAGCACUAUGACUCCCUGCCUCUCAGUUAUUCUCAGGCAGGGUUUGAUGUGAAAGAUGUGUUUCUUCACAUGAAGCUGAUGGAGCAAGCUUUGGAAGAUGAGCAGGCUGCGAUUUUGAUUCAAGAGGAGGGUGAUGGUGAGAUUCAACUUCAGGGGUCUUUGUUCAAGUUGACAUUCGCUUGCAACUCUCCUAUUUCAUGGCCCGCAAUGUCAAGAGCGUUGGAUGGUUACUCCAUUUGCUGCAAGAAGAUUCAGAUAUUUGAGAAGAAAGGAUUCACCCUUGGGAUUGUGCUUCUUCUUGUACUGUCAAGUGGUCAGCAUGAUAAGUUGGUCAGGACCCGGGUUGAAAAUGCUCUCAAGAUAUCCAUGAAGAGGCCUAAAGCCAGCGGUGUGAAGCUUUCCUUUGGUCUUUGUGGAUGUCAAGAAGAGAACACCGAAGGGAGAGGACAUAGAGAGAUUGAGGAAGAUGGUGGUGAUGCAUGUUGUGGAAAUGGGUUUGAUAAUUUGAGCCAAAAGAUUCAGCUUCAGGUGCCGUUACCGAGUUCAUCUUUUCUUGUAGUGGUAGAUGAAUGGCAGACUAUUCAAUCAGGUGGGGAUGAUAUUGAAAAAUGGUUGUUGAACUCAGAUCGUCUUGAGUUUGCAGAACAGAUUGGGCCCAAUUCGUAUAAGGGGAUGUACAUGGGAAAAAAAGUUGGCAUCGAGAAGCUUAGAGGGUGUGAUAAAGGAAACACUUACGAGUUUGAGCUCAGGAAAGACCUGCUGGCAUUGAUGACCUGUGGUCAUAGAAAUAUUAUGCAAUUUUUUGGUGUUUGUGUGGAUGAAAACUAUGGGUUAUGUGUAUUGACAAAACUUGUGGAAGGUGGAUCUGUUCACGACUUAAUGUUAAAGAAUAAGAAGCUUUCGAGCAAGGAUGUUGUAAGAAUUGCAGUUGAUGUGGCUGAGGGAAUGAAGUUUAUGAAUGAUCACGGUGUUGCAUACAGAGACCUUAAUACGCAGAAGAUUGUUUUGGAUAAGCAUGGGAAUGCUUUCUUGGGUGAUAUGGGUAUUGUCACUGCUUGCGAGAGUGUUGGAGAGGCAAUGGAGUAUGAAACUGAUGGUUAUCGGUGGCUAGCACCAGAGAUAAUUGCUAGUGAUCCAGAGAGCGUAACAGAGACAUGGAUGAGUAAUGCUUAUAGUUUUGGAAUGAUUAUUUGGGAGAUGGUAACUGGUGAGGCAGCAUAUUCUGCAUAUUCACCCGUGCAAGCAGCAGUUGGCAUUGCUGCUUGUGGCCUAAGACCUGAAAUCCCCAAGGACUGCCCUCAAACUCUAAAGUCUCUCAUGAUAAAGUGCUGGAACAACACCCCUUCAAAACGUCCUAACUUCUCUGAAAUUUUGGCCAUAUUGCUACGACAAAACAACUACAAUAGAUCGAUGCAACCUAUUCUCACUCUUAACUGGGCACAUAGAAAUUUACGCUUAUCUGCUACAAUUAUCACAUUGAAGUGAGUGAUGCAAGUCUGCAACAACCACACACAUAUCUCAUCAUGAAC